AUGAAAUUCAGCGGUCAUAUGAAGCUUCGUAUCGGCGAGGCUGUGGAUUUAAAACCAACAACCUUUUCCACGCGGUACUCGUUCCACAAGAAGGUUCAUCAGUUGGAUCCAUACAUAGUCGUGAAGGUCGACAACUUUAAAGUCGGACAGACCGCAACAAAGUCAAAAACCAACAGGCCUAUCUAUAACCAGGACUUCUGUCCAUAUAUCACUGAGGGGAAAGUAUUGGAAUUAGCUGUCUUCCACGAUACUCCUAUAGGAUAUGACGAUUUCGUUGCAAAUUGCACGAUUCAGCUAGAGGAUUUAAUAACACCAACAAACACCAACCAGACAUUCGAGGGAUGGGUCAAUCUGGAACCAGAGGGCAGUGUUUACAUUUCAAUCUCACUCAGUGGCUCAUUUACAGACGAUGAGGCUACACAGAAUGGAUGGAAGUCACAUAAAGAGUUGUCCAGGAAGAGGCAGAGGGCUCUGAGGAGGAAAGUCCACCAGGUCAAUGGACACAAAUUCAUGGCGACCUUCUUAAAACAGCCCACGUUCUGCUGCCACUGCAACAAUUUUAUCUGGGGCGUUUUUGGAAAGCAAGGUUACCAAUGCCAAGUGUGCACCUGUGUGGUCCAUAAGAAAUGUCACCAUUUGGUUGUGACGGAAUGUCCCCGCAUGAAGAAACAAGCAAGUGAAGAGAGGCAAAGCCAAAGGUUCAGCAUCAAUGUCCCACACAGGUUCAGUGUACACAAUUACAAGGUUCCCACAUACUGUAACCACUGUGGUUCACUACUCUAUGGGGUGAUCAAACAGGGUCUGCAGUGUAAAGGUUGUAAAAUGAACAUCCACAUUCGCUGUGAAAAGAACGUAGCGCCAAACUGUGGAGUGAACAGUGCUGAACUGGCCAGUAAGCUGGCAGAGAUUGGCCUACAGCCGGGCCGGCUGUCUAAAAAACAUAGCCAGAUAAACAUGACUGCGGUUAAGACUCCUGACUCCAAUGUGAAGAGUGAGGAGAAAGCUGAGACUCCUCAGAAGGAGCAUGUGAGGGUACGACUGCAAGACUUCACCUUCCUACAGGUGUUGGGCAAAGGCAGUUUUGGCAAGGUGAUGCUGGCUCGUCUGAACCGCACGGAGACGGUGUACGCGGUGAAGAUGCUGAAGAAGGAUGUGAUUCUACAGGACGAUGAUGUGGAGUCCACUAUGACAGAGAAGAGAGUUCUGGCCUUGGCACACCAUCACCCCUACCUCACACAGCUCUACUUCUGCUUCCAGACUAUAGACCGCUUGUUCUUUGUCAUGGAGUUUGUUAAUGGUGGAGACCUCAUGUUCCAUAUCCAGAAGUCACGGCGGUUUGACGAGCCGCGCUCUCGUUUCUACACGGCUGAAGUCACCUCCGCCCUCAUGUUUCUCCAUUCUAAGGGCAUCAUUUACAGGGACCUGAAGCUAGACAAUGUGCUCCUGGAUAAGGAUGGCCAUUGUAAACUGGCAGACUUUGGUAUGUGUAAAGAGGGCAUCUUGGACGGAGCACAGUCAAGCACAUUCUGUGGGACACCAGACUAUAUUGCCCCUGAGAUUAUCCUUGAGGAGCCGUACGGGGCAUCGGUGGAUUGGUGGGCUCUGGGUGUGCUGCUGUUUGAGAUGCUCUGUGGCCACGCCCCGUUUGAGGCAGAGACAGAGGAUGAGCUGUUUGAGUGUAUUCUCAGAGAAGAGGUCACCUACGCCUCCUGGCUUAGCAAUGAGGCAGAGGACAUCCUUAAAGGGCUCCUGACGAAAGACCCUCUUUGUCGGCUGGGCUGUGUCGAGAGGUUCGGACUGGAGGAAGCAAUACCAGCUCAUCCAUUCUUUUCUGGGCUCAACUGGGAGAAAUUGAACAAACGAGAGCUGGAGCCCCCUUUCAAACCCAGAAUAAAAUCUAUGGUGGAUGUAAAUAAUUUUGACCGAGAAUUUACCCAGGAGGAGCCCACGCUAACACCAAUAGAGGAGGCUCUUAUUCCACCAGCCAAUCAGGAAGAGUUCGCAAACUUCUCUUUCACUGCGCCUGAGCUGCAGGAGAACUUGUAG